CCCGGAAGUUGCCCUGUAAACACGUGUGUGCAGCCAUGGAAGUAAUAUCUGGUGCUGAGCAGCUUGAGUCGGCGGAUUCCGAUAUCGAAGACAAUACCAUCUCGGACAGUGAUGACGCAGACUCUGAGGAUGAGACUGAGUUGGCAAAAGGUGAAAGUGAAGAAAUGUCAGAAGAGGACCCAAACAAGGGCUGGGCCGAAGCUAUGGCCAAAAUCCUCAAGAAGAAAGUCUCAGGAGAUAAGUCCAGUGCAAUAUUGGUCAAAAGCAAGGCAGUAGAGAAGGAGAAGGAAAAAGAAAAUCUAGAAAAGCUGGAAAAAAAGAAACAGAUUGAUAAAAAACGCCAGUGGGAAAUGAUGUGCCGAGUAAAGCCAGAUGUUGUCAAAGACAAAGAAGCGGAGAAAAAUCUGCAGAGAAUUGCCACAAGAGGUGUGGUGCAAUUAUUUAAUGCUGUGCGAACACACCAGGGUAACAUCAAUGAGAAAAUCAAAACUGUAGGACGCUCUGAAAGAAAACGUAGCAAACUAAUGUCAUCGGUCUCCAAGAAAGACUUCAUCAAUGUUCUCAGAGGGAAAGAAAGUAAAGCGGAUCAAGCUUCCACAGAAACAAAACGAGGCACACAAAAGAUUGCAGUAAAGUCAGAAAGUGACACUCAGUGGAGCAUCUUACGUGAUGACUUCAUGAUGGGGGCAUCUAUGAAAGACUGGGACAAAAACAGUGAUGACGGAGCGGCCAAUGCAGAUCCGGAACUUGGAGCUGAACACGAAGAUAGUGGAAGUGAUUCUGACUGAUAACGGUGCAGGAGGAAGAGUUUUUAGAUAAGACGUUAUCUUGUUUACUUAAAUAAACUCUUCAUUCUGUGAAUGCAUAACAUUUUUCCAGAUUUCAUAAAUACCUUUUUAUAGGGAAGCAGAAAAUACAUACCCUAGGUGUGAUGUGUAUGUACGCAUUCUGUAAGAAUUCUUUCUCAUCCAAUAUCAUCCUUCUGGACACAAUAAGAAUUUUAAUCCUAAACUAUUUUCCAAAAUAAUUUUGAAGUAUUUUCUUUUUCCAAAACAUUUUGUAUAGUCAAAAUAGUGGCACCUGUCCAAAAAGAGGGGGGAGGUUGGGGGGCCAUAUAAGGAUGCUGCCAAGGUCACAAAAAGUGUGUGUGCUAGUUGUGAUUAUGGAUAUUCCUUGCCUGUGUAUUUCACCCUGUGAAGUCUUAUUCUCAGUGGAAGGCACGGGAUAAUACGUUAAUGGGCAUCACCUUGUGCGGUAGAUGUGUUUAAAAACGUCUACUGUUUUUGGCAGUGAAAUAACUCUUUGGAGAUCCUUGAAACAAAUUCCAGUAGUGUGCUUCAAAUUAUUCUGCUAGAAAAUAGUGCACAGGAUUCCACUGAUGUCUUUCCAAGGCCAGCAGCACAGAUUUCUUAUUUUUUUUUAUUUAUUUUUUUUUAGAACACGUAGGCCUGAGAUGGUAGCUGUAUAUAUUUAUAUUUAGAUGUACAUCGACGAGUCAAACACAGUUUGCGGGCUUCAAUCACACUAUCUGUAGAAAUGUGUUUUAAUAUCCACAUCUUAACCAAUGUUUAUAGAUUUAGGGUUUUCACCUGAAUUUUGAGGUCAAGGUGCUCAUUUCCCAUCAGAUAAUGGUAGUGGCCAUUUGAAAGAAAUGUGAUUUGUAGAGGGGUUAAUUGCCCCCACUUUAAAAUGUGUAUGAACAUACUACCUUUGUUUUGUCUUCUGAGCUUCUUGUGUCGUGGUUUUGAAGUGUAGCUUUGUAUAUGGUAAAUAGUUUAAAAACAAAAAAACCCAUGCAUUCUUCUCUGAAAACCUUGCUGCAGUUUAGACAUCUUAUUUAGAUGGGCACCAAAACAUGAUCCCACAAGUCUAAAUUAUCUGGCACUGGAAAUGGACCUCUUCUGGGGAUUUACUGUUGGAGUGUAAACUGAAGAGGUUGGCUUCCUACAAGAUUAGGGUGGAAGGAAAGUCCUUGUGUGGGAUUACCUUUUGCACUCAAAAUGACAGCUCCAAGUCUAAGGCUUAACAAAGAAUGGAAUUUAGCUCAGAUCUUUAGACAAAAAUCUUGGUAACGAUAAGCAAGUGUUGACAAAAUCUUCAAAUAGGGUUCGUGUGUAGUGACCGAGUCAAGCAAAAUGGUGGAGAUGCAAUAACUGUCAACUUGUGCGUCGGAUCCUUAUUUUGGAAACUGUUUUAAUUACAUACUAAGUUGUAUUAAAAUAUUUAAACCCUC